CCCAAAAAAAAAAACAGAAUUUCACGCCAAAGUUGGCCACGCACUGUGGUGUGUCCAGCAGGCUCAGUGCUUACUGCUGCUGUCAUGGUUCGGUUGCUAAACUGCAUCGUCGCUGUGUCCCAGAACAUGGGCACCGGCAAGAACGGUGACCUGCCCUGGCCGCCGUUCAGGAAUGAAUUCAGGCAUUUCCAGAGAAUGACCACAACCUCUUCAGUAGAAGAUAAACAGAAUUUGGUGAUCAUGGGUAGGAAGACCUGGUUCUCCAUUCCUGAGAAGAAUCGACCUUUAAGGGAUAGAAUUAAUGUAGUUCUCAGCAGGGAACUCAAGGAGCCUCCACAAGGAGCUCAUUUUCUGGCCAGAAGUCUGGAUGAUGCCUUAAAACUUACUGAACAACCAGAAUUAGCAAAUAAAGUAGACAUGAUUUGGAUAAUUGGUGGCAGUUCUGUUUAUAAGGAAGCCAUGGAUCACCCAGGCCAUCUUAAACUGUUUGUGACAAGGAUCAUGCAGGACUUUGAAAGUGACACGUUUUUUCCAGAAAUUGAUUUGGAGAAAUAUAAACUUCUGCCAGAAUAUCCAGGUGUUCCCUCUGAUGCCCAGGAGGAGAAAGGCAUUAAGUACAAAUUUGAAGUAUAUGAGAAGAAUGAUUAAUAUGAAUGUGUUUUCUGGUUUAAGCUGUUCCUUCUCCCUCUGAAAAAAAAUUAUGUAUUUUUACAUUAGAAAAAAAGACU